AUGUCUAUGAUUCAUGGUAAUUGGGCAGAUUCUUUUGAGAGAAUGGAGGAUUUCAAGGAGGAGCUUUUGAGAAGAAACCUAGGUAGUGUAGUAAAGCUAAAGUUAGAUGUGGUUGAUGACAAGCAUUACUUCCACCGCUUCUUUAUUUGUCUGCAAGCUUGCAGUACGGGCUUUUUAGCUGGUUGUAGGCCUUUCAUAGGCCUAGAUGGUUGCCACUUAAAGGGAAAGUUCAGGGGUGUGAUGAUGGCUGCUACAUCACUUGAUGGAAAUAAUGGUUUGUUUCCAGUUGCUUUUGGUAUUGCAGAAUCUGAAAAUAGUGAUAGCUGGACUUGGUUUUUGGAGGCACUUAAAGAAUCAAUUCAAACUCCAAAAGGUCUAGUACUUGUAUCAGAUCGACAAAAGGGACUCGAAGAAGCAGUGCAACAUAUAUACCCUCAAGCAGAGCAUAGAAAAUGCAUGAGACACUUGUAUAAAAACUUUCAAACAAAUUUUCCAGGAGACUGGCUUAAAAUUAAGGUAUGGGGAGCUGCAAGGGCAUAUACAAAAGUCCAACAUGACGAUAUCAUCAAUCAAAUUAAGGAGGCUAGCUUGGAGGCAUUCAAGUAUCUUAAUGCUGAAAAUAUUGGCUUAUGGAGUAGAUCUCAGUUUGGCAUCACAGCUAAGUGCUCCUAUAUAACAAACAACCUUUCGGAGUCAUUCAAUACUUGGAUUUCUGAGGCUAGACAUAGGCCAGUUCUUGAUUUAUUAGAUGUCGUAAGACAAAAAAUUAUGGUGAAAAUGGAAGCAAGAAGGAGAAUGGCUGCCCGUUGGAAAGGAAAUUUAGUUCCUGUGGUAAUGAAGUAUGUAAGAGACAUUAGCCUUAAGCUAGGUGAUUAUAAUGUUUAUAGAACCAGUGAUUAUAGAGCAGAAGUAAUUGAGACUAAUGGAAGACAUGAAGUAAUUCUAAAUGAACAAAGGUGCUCUUGUCGUCUGUGGGAGGUGUCGGGCAUUCCUUGUGUGCAUGCUGCAGCUUUUAUUUGUAGUAUGAGAGGUGCAAAUUUGGAAAAUUAUGUCUCGGAGUACUUCACUGUUGCCAAGUAUAAGACUGCCUAUGCAUUAGAAAUUGGACCAUUACCUGACAAGGUCCAAUGGAUAAAAGUUGAUAUUGGAUAUAAGGUAUUGCCUCCUAAGCUCAGUCUAAGACCUCCAGGAAGGCCUAAAAAGAAGAGAAUUAGGGGUACAGAUGAGAAUACAUCGAAGAAGAUGCACAAAUGUAAGCGUUGCGGUGAUCUUGGGCAUCAUGCAAAAACUUGCAAAAAUUCAGUAGUGGAGGAAUCUCAAGCUUCAAUGUCCUCUUCUUCUGCACCGAAGAAGCUUGGGAGGUAA